AUGAAGCCUAGCUCCCCCCUCCGCUGUCAAGCUUCAGAUAUGCGCAACGCCUGAACCCGAAAAAGCGGGGAAGGAAGUCAUUACAGCUCUGUAGUCCAGCUCUGUUGCUCUUGCAGGACAUCAUCUCGCUCUUCGAAAUUCCAGAGAUUUUUCGUAUCCUCUCUCUCUGCCUCAUUUUACUCGCCUUUUCCCCCUUUCGACUCCAAGCGCCGCGCUUUCUCCCGGGAAUUUUAUUUGGCAAGUACUAUUUUUCCACCAAUUUGCUAUCUGAUUAUUUCCAGGACUCAGCAGCAGCGGCAGAGAGAAGAGCGGGGCUGUUUGUCGGGUAUUUUCAAACCUUUCUCCUUUGGAUUCUUCUGUCAUUGUCCGUCCAGUAAGUCUACAGACACGUUGUCACUGGAUAUACUGUCAUUUUCAUUCUUCUGUUGGACAAAUGGUAAUUUGGAAAACCACAUACGUCAAAGUGAAUAAAAGUUAUCGAGGAAGAGAACAUUUUGCAGCCCUACAGUUGAACUGAUUGGUGCUGGCGAAGAGUCUCGCUCGGCUACAUUGUUCCUGGCGAUAAGGGGCGCCAGCAACUGUCACGGAAAGCUUCGAUGUGACUUGAUCCGCGCUCUCGGCAUAGCUAAUUCAACUGGUUAAGUUUUUAGAAACAGCAUUUGAUUGCUUUUCGGCUGUGUCGCGAUCUCUUCCAAGACUCUCUGGAUAUAUUUGGACACUAUUGCGGACCAUCUUCGAGGGUCACCCCAGUAAUCUUCAGUCCACUCGACUCUCCAAGCAAUCCCAUAGGUCUACGCUUGGAGGAAAUAUGCUGCAAAAUUGAGGAAAGUCAAGAGGCAGCAUGACUUGCUAUUGCCCUAUCCUCGAAAAUCACUUUUCCUGGCACGUACUGUCUUAAUGCUUUCAAAUUUUGGUUUACAAAUAUGAUGAAAUGGCAGCCCCGGAAGAAGGCAUACUUCCGACAGGGUGUUGCCCUUCAGUACCUGGGUCGCCAUGCCGACGCCUUGGCCGCCUUCGCCUCCGGGCUGGCCCAGGACCCCAAGAGCCUUCAGCUGCUGGUGGGCAUGGUGGAGGCCGCCAUGAAGUCCCCUAUGAGAGAGUCUCUGGAACCGACCUAUCAGCAGCUGCAGAAGAUGAAGCUGGACCGGAGCCCGUUUGUGGUGGUGUCGGUGAUUGGCCAGGAGCUGCUGUCGGCGGCGCACCACCAGGCCUCGGUGGUGGUGCUGGAGGCGGCGCUGCGCAUCGGCACCUGCAGCCUCAAGCUGCGUGGCUCCGUCUUCUCGGCGCUCAGCUCGGCCCACUGGUCGCUGGGCAACACGGAGAAGAGCGUCAGCUACAUGCAGCAGGACCUGGAGGUGGCCAAGAGUUUAGGUGACCAAUCGGGUGAAUGCCGUGCCCAUGGCAACCUGGGGUCGGCAUUCUUCUCCAAGGGGAACUAUCGAGAGGCGCUCAGCAAUCACCGCAACCAACUGGUGCUCGCCAUGAGGCUCAAGGACCGCGAGGCCGCCUCCCUCGCGCUGUGCAGCCUGGGCCAUGUGUACACAUCCAUAGGGGACUACCCCAACGCUCUGGCCAGCCACAAACAGUGUGUCCUGCUCGCCAAGCAAUCAAAGGACCAGCUGUCCGAGGCCCGCGAGCUGGGCAACAUGGGCGCCGUCUACAUCGCCAUGGGCGACUUCGAGAACGCCGUGCAGUGCCACGAGCAGCACCUGGGCAUCGCCAAGACGCUGGAGAACAAGCGCGAGGAGUCGCGCGCCUACAGCAACCUGGGCAGCGCCUACCACUACCACCGCAACUUCGACAAGGCCAUGUCCUACCACACGCACGUGCUGGAGCUGGCCAAGGAGCUGGAGGAGAAGGCCAUCGAGAUGCGGGCGUACGCCGGCCUGGGCCACGCCGCCCGCUGCAUGCAGGACCUGGAGAGGGCUAAGCAGUACCACCAGCAGCAGCUGGUCAUCGCCGAGGAGCUGAAGGACCGCGCCGCAGAGGGCCGAGCCUCCUCAAACCUCGGUAUCAUCCACCAGAUGAAGGGGGAGUACGAGACGGCGCUGAAGCUCCACAAGACCCACCUGUCCAUCGCACAGGAGCUCAGCGACUACGCCGCCCAGGGCCGCUCCUACGGCAACAUGGGCAACGCCUACAACGCCCUGGGCUCGUUCGACCAGGCCGUGCGCUACCACCGUCAGGAGCUCCAGAUCUCCAUGGAGGUGAACGACCGGGCCUCGCAGGCCUCUACGCACGGCAACCUGGCCGUGGCCUACCAGGCGCUGGGCGCCCACGACCGGGCACUGCAGCACUACCAGAACCACCUCAACAUCGCCCGCGAGCUCCGCGACGUCCAGAGCGAGGCGCGGGCGCUGGGCAACCUGGGCAACUUCCACUGCUCGCGCGGCGAGUUCGCCCAGGCCGUGCCCUACUACGAGCAGUACCUGCGCCUCUCGCCCGACCUCCAGGACAUGGAGAGCGAGGGCAAGGUGUGCCACAACCUGGGCUACGCCCACUACUGCCUGGGGAGCUUCCGCGACGCGGUCAAGUACUACGAACAAGACCUGGCGCUGGCCAAGGACCUCCACGACAAGCUGAGCCAGGCCAAGGCCUACUGCAACCUGGGCCUGGCAUUCAAGGCGCUCGGCGACUUCGCCAAGGCCGAGGAAUGCCAGAAGUACCUGCUCUCACUGGCCCAGUCGCUGGACAACGCGCAGGCGCGCUUCCGCGCCCUGGGUAACCUCGGAGACAUCGCCAUCUGUAAGAAAGACAUGGCGGCCGCCGUGCAGUUUUACGAGCAACAGCUGUCACUCGCCCUCCAGGUGAAGGAGCGGCGUAUGGAGGCGUCGGCCUACGCCGCCCUGGGCUCUGCCUACCGGCUGGCGCAGAAGUACGAGGAGGCGCUGGGCUACCACGCCAAGGAGCUGGAGGUGUGCCAGGCCCUGGGCGACGCCCCGGCCGAGUGCAAGGCCCACGGGCGCCUGGCGGCCGUCUACAUGGCGCUGGGUCGAUGCGCCCGCGCCAGCACCAGCUCUGAGCAGCAGCUGGGCUCAGCCAGCGGCUCUGGCGACCCGGCGCCCGGCGCGGGGCUCCACGGCAACAUGGGCAUCACCAAGAUGAACGUGGGCGCCAUGGAGGAGGCCAUUGGCUACCUAGAGCAGCAGCUGGCCACGCUGCAGCAGCUGAGCGGCGGCGCCGAGGUCAUGCUGGACCGCGGCCGCGCCUUCGGGAACCUGGGCGACUGCUACGAGGUGCUGGGUGACUACGAGGAGGCGGUCAAGUACUACGAGCGCUACCUGGCAGUGGCCCAGAGCCUGGGCCGAACGCAGGACCAGGAGAAGGCCUACCGGGGCCUAGGGAAUGGACACAGGGCGAUGGGCAACCUGCAGCAGGCGCUGGUCUGCUUCGAGAAGCGCCUGGUGGUGGCGCACGAGCUGGGUGAAUGCCAGGGCAAGGCGGCGGCAUACGGCGAGCUGGGCGCCCUCCACAGCCAGCUGGGCAACCACGAGCAGGCGCUCUCCUGCCUGGAGCGCCAGCUGGCCCUGGCCCAGGAGACGCGGGACCGGGCGCUGGAGGCCGACGCCAACGCCGGCCUGGGCGCCCUCUACCAGGCCAUGGGCGAGCACGAGGCAGCUCGUGCCACCAGCGACCUGGAGAUCGCCCGAGGGGAGGCGGCCAGUGCCCGGCGGCGGGGCGGCCCUCACAACCUGGGGCUCACCUAUGAGGCGCUGGGCAACUACGAGCGUGCCGUGGUCUACCAGGAGCAGCACCUGAGCGUGGCGGCGCAGACCAAUGACCUGGCCGCCAAGACGCUGGCCUACGGCAGCCUGGGGAGGACACACCACGCGCUGCACAAUUACUCGCAAGCGGUCAUGUACCUGCAGGAAGGUCUGAGGUUGUCUGAGCAGCUGGGUAGGCGUGAGGAAGAGGCGAAGAUCCGGCAUCGUCUGGGGCUCUCGCUGUGGGCCAGCGGCAACCUGGAAGAGGCCCAGCACCAGCUCUACCGGGCAUCAGUGCUGUUCGAGGCGAUUCGUCACGAGGCUCAGCACAGCUCCGACUACAAGCUGUCCCUCUUCGACCUGCAGACGUCCUCCUAUCAGGCUCUCCAAAGGGUGCUCGUCAGCCUCGGUCACCAUGACGAGGCGCUGGCGGUGGCGGAGCGCGGUCGCACGCGAGCCUUCGCCGACCUGCUGGUGGAGCGUCAGACGGGUCAGCAGGACGCGGACGCCUACAGCCCGGCCACGGUGGAGCAGAUCUUGGACGCGGUCAACAAGCAGCGUGCCCUGGUGCUCUACUUCUCACUCGCCGCCGGAUACCUGUACAGCUGGCUGCUGGCGCCCGGAGCUGGCAUCCUGAAGUUCCACGAGGUCUAUCUGGGCGAGGGGGUGUCGGAGGGGGACCCUGAGUUCCAGGAGGGGGCCGGGGGAGGAGGAGGAGGAGGAGGAGGUGGUGCGGGCGCGGCCGGGGGCUCCUCCCUGGAGCAGUACAUCUCCAGCGCCCGCGAGGCCCUCGGCGUGGAGUCCUACUACAGCAGAGGCUGUUCUGGCAGUGAGACGGAGAGUGAGGCAGGGGAUCUGUUGGAUCAGCAGUUUGAGGAGCUCAACAACAAGCUGAACACGGGCUUCCUCCGCAUGGUGUCCAGGAACAACCUCUUCAACAGGAGCUGCCAGAGCAUGACCAGUCUCUUCAGUAACCCCAUGUCUCCGGUGAAGGACGGCACGUCCUCUCUGUCUCACCGGCCGAGCUCCCUCAACAAGCCGCCGCUCCGCACGCUCUACGACCUGCUCAUCGCGCCCAUGGAGGGGGGCCUGAUGCACUCCAGUGGGCCUGUGGGGCGCCACCGUCAGCUGGUGCUGGUGCUGGAGGGUGAACUCUACCUGAUCCCGUUCGCCCUGCUCAAGGGCAGCUCGUCCAACGAGUACCUGUACGAGCGCUUCAGCCUCAUUGCCGUGCCCUCCAUACGCUCCCUGGGCGCCGUCUCCAAGGCCAACGCCCGGCGCAUGGUGUCAUGUGGGGGUGGCGUCGGCACGGCGGCGGUGGUGGGCAACCCUCGGCUGCCGUCGUCGGCCAUGGACCGCUGGCUGUGGGGGCCCAUGCCCUCGGCCGAGGAGGAGGCGGCCAUGGUGGCCGAGCUGCUGGGCUGCCAGCCGCUGUGCGGCGCCGGCGCCACCAAGGAGCGCGUGAUGGCCGCCCUAAGCCAGGCUGAGUGCGCCCACUUCGCCACGCACGUCUCCUGGAAGCUGGCCGCCCUGGUGCUGGCGCCCAACCAGGAGGGAGGUGUUGGUGGGAGGAAAGGGUCGUUUGGGAGCGGAGGUUACAACAUGGGCGAUGACGGGAGCGAUGUGGAGAGUAUAUGCGACAGCCCGUCGCUACAGGAGUUCCUACUCACGGCGGCCGACAUACUGGACAUGCGGCUGCCGGUCAAGCUGGUGGUGCUGGGCUCGUACCAGGAGUCCAGCAGCAAGGUGACGGCGGACGGAGUGGUGGGCCUGACGCGGGCCUUCCUGGCAGCGGGCGCUCAGUGUGUGCUGGUGUCGCUGUGGCCGGUGCCCGUGGCCGCCUCUAAGGUGUUCGUGCACGCCUUCUACUCGGCGCUGCUCAACGGCUCCAAGGCCAGCGCCGCGCUAACCGACGCCAUGAAGACGGUGCAGAGCAGCAAGCAGUUCUCACACCCCUCCAACUGGGCAGGCUUCAUGCUGAUUGGCAGUGAUGUGAAGUUGAACAGCCCUUCGUCUCUGAUUGGCCAGGCCCUGGCUGAAAUCCUGCAGUACCCAGAGAGGGCCAGAGAUGCUCUGCGUGUGCUGCUGCACCUGGUGGAGAAGUCCCUGCAGCGCAUCCAGAAUGGCCAGAAGAACUCCAUGUACACGUCUCAGCAGAGUGUGGAGAACAAGGUGGGCGGCGUGCCGGGCUGGCAGGCCCUGCUGUCGGCCGUGGGCUUCCGCCUGGACCAGGCCGCCACCGGCAUCCCCGCCGCCGUCUUCUUUCCCACGGCUGACCCCGGUGACCGGCUCCAGCAGUGCAGCGCCACCCUGCAGUCCCUACUGGGUCUUCCACCCCCUGCACUCCAGGCCCUGUGUAAACUCAUAUCUGCCUCCGAGGCAGGGGAGCAGCUCAUCAGCCGGCUUCACCAGGUGCUGGUCCAGCUGCAGUCGGGGGAGAAGGAGCAGGACUUCUCCCUGAUGCCCAUCCAGGUGUCCAUCAGCGUCCAGCUCUGGAGGCUGCCCGGGUGCCACGAGUUUCUGGCCGCCCUGGGAUUUGACCUGUGUGAGGUGGGUCAAGAAGAGGUCAUCCUGAAAACUGGCAAACAGGCCAACCGUCGCACCAUGCACUUUGCUCUGCAAUCCCUGUUGGCACUGUUUGACUCCACAGAGCUGCCCAAGCGCCUCAGCCUGGACAGCUCCUCCUCGCUGGAGUCUCUGGCCUCUGCCCAGUCUGUGUCCAACCCACUGCCCCUGGGCUACCCCACUUUGCCCUUCUCCCCUACCUGCCCCGACAGCAUGGCCUCGGACGCCAUCUCCGUCUACAGCCUCAGCUCCAUCGCCUCGUCCAUGAGCUUCGCCUCCAAGUCUGAGAGCGACUUCCUGAGCCAGCGGGGGCGCGGCGGAAUGGGCGGACACCUGUCGUCCCACAAGCACCCGCACGGGGUCGCCCGAAGCCGCUCGUCCCCCCAGGGCACGGUGGUGGCCGGCGGGGCGGGCGGUCGCGGGGAUGACGAGGAGUACGAGGGCUUCUCCAUCAUCAGCAGCGAGCCCCUGGGCAGCCACUGUGACUCCCUCCCGCUGCCCCCAGGACAUGGCCAGAGGCACCGCAUGCUACGGGGACGAGGGGCAGGGGUGGGUUCGGGAUCGGGAGCCGGACCGGGGGCAGGGUACAGUGCGUCCGUCUCUUCCAAGGGAAGCGUCAGCACCCCUACGUCCCCUCUAAAGGCAAGCCUGGUGCCCAGCCCCAACUCGCCCUUUCAGAAGGUAGCCAAGGUGAACAACUCGGACACGGGCGAGUCGGACCAGUCCAGCACCGAGACGGACAGCACCGUCAAGUCGCAGGAGGACAAGAGCGGCGGGUCGGCGCCUCUGGACCCGCAGGAGCUGGCGCAGAAGAUUCUGGAAGAGACCCAGAGUCACCUACGCGCCGUCGGGAGCCUGCAGCGGGGUGUCGCCGAGGGCAUGGCGGCCCCGGUGUCCAGCUCCACGCCGACGAAGGGCACGGCGUCCGCCACGGCCUUCCGCUCCUCGGAGACGAGCGCCUUCAGCCGCCCGAGCAGCCGCGCCAGCCUGCGGGAGCGGCCCAAGCCACCCUCGCGCUCCUCCUCGCUGCAGAAGAUCAGCUCGGGCUACAGCAGCCCGGCCAACUCGGACUCCUCGCUCAAGGAGACCGGCCACCCAUCCCCGACGCUGGACAGCCUGGCCCAGUUCAAGCUCAAGUACCCCAGCUCGCCGUACAGCGGCCACAUCUCCCGCUCGCCCAGCAACGUCUCCCCGAGCUCCGGGCACCAGUCCCCCGCCGGCAGCGCCCCUUCCCCCGCCCUCUCCUACUCCUCCACGGGCUCCACCUCCAGCCACGCCGAGGCCCCGGACCUGGACCGCCUGAGGAGGACCGUCAUCGACGAGAAGGUCCAGGCCGUCCACAACCUGAAGACCUUCUGGGCAAACGCGGCUGCCCAGCAGCAGCAUUCCGGUCCGGUGAGGGCGAUCCGGGGCAUCCCCGGCACGGGCAAGGGCACUGGCCCAGCAAGCGAGAAGGACGUGCUGGGCCUGUUGAACCUGUCGCCACGCCGCUGCUCGCCCGGUGAUGGCCAGGACAGCAUCGAGCUGUCCAAGCUCGGGAGCCAGACUCUAGACAAGAGCUCCGGCAGGCCUGCCAAUGGCCACAAUGGCACUGACACCCACAAAACUGCCCCCUCGCCGACCAUAUCCACCCGGAGCAGCCCCGGCGGUCGUCCCAUCCGACUACCCUCUAGCAACGGCUACAAGUUCCUCUCCCCCGGCAGGUUCUUCCCAUCGUCAAAAUGUUGAGACAGUUGUGUAAGAUUUGUGCUAGUUAUACCACUCAUUCAUGACUGGUUUGAAAAAGAAAACAAAACAACGAAAAGAUAUCAAAGCUGGGCACUUAAGAGGCCUUAGCUGGCCCUAAUGACUUGAUUAACCACAGAAAAAGAAGAAGGCAGCCAGUGAGAGCAAUGCUCUCUAGACUGUAAACUGCUGAGGCAGUGUUGUCCUUGUGCCCCCAGUAACCACUGUAAAGAAAAACAGAAGACCCAAUACUGUGCGUGCAGGAACAUUUACUGUUUUUUUGUGGGCCAAAUCAUUACAGCUCAGACUGGUGUAAUUUCCUUUAUUUUUAUUUUAAUAUAUAAUUAUUGUUAUUAUUAUUGUUGUUGUUUGUUAUUGUUAUUAUUAAUAUUAUAAUUAUUAUGUUUUGUAAAUUAAACCAAGUGUUUCACAAUCAGUAUUAUACAUUUUGAUAUUAUUAAACAGAAAAAAAAAACUGCACCAUGUGAAUAUGGUUGAAAUGGUUAAAAAAAGAUUUCAUAUUUUUUAAUUGAAAUUAAACCAUGGCAUUUGGCCUGAUCUCUUUGUGAAUUGAAUGUCCACUCCGCAGCAUGGAUCCUCUUGCUCUUCAAUGUUAAAUAAGUACCAUGUAUGGGUUUUUAGCUCACCGUCUUUUUUGGAAAGAAAGCAGACAUGGAGAACCAAGACAUAUCUUUGUCCUUUACCAGUAAAAUGUUUAAAUUAAAAAGGUG